AGAAGGGUCCUUCGUUUAGCGCCAGUUUAGAUUUCCUCCCUCGUUCUGAGAGAUGGUUGCGGAGACGACAAGACAUGUUUCAUGUAUUAUUGUUAUAGACUACAGCUUCUAACUUGUACAUUACCAUUACGUCACGCGUCAUGCUGAUUAUUGGCAAACAAACAACACAUUGACCGGUUGGACGUCGUUGUAAACUCCGUCAAAAGCUGCAUUCGAGCUCGCGAAAGACACAAACCUGUGACACCCGAGGUCACCAGUUCGUUUGAAUUCGGCACCACUGUUAUCAUCUCUACAAUGGACAGUGAGGAUGAUCUGGACAUGUUGACGGCGUUGCUGGCUGAGAGUGAGGGAGUCCACGGAGAACAGGGCCGUCAGGAGCAGGCAGACGACUUGGACGGCCUGUUUGACGCCGACGGCGACGAGGAGGACGAGUACAAAGAGGGUGUCGAGGAGGAAGGGCCAGUCGUGAGGACGGAGGAUGCCGUGUCGGAUCUCUUCGGGGAGGUGGAUGACAUUGAAAAGGAAGAGCAAGACGCUAAAAGAAAAGGAAGCGGUGAGGAAGCCUGCGAGAGCCUGAACAGGUCCAGGGUGGACUUACAAGACGAGCUGAGGCGCAUGCAGGAGCAGAUGCAGCGGUUGCAGCAGCAGCUGGAAGCGAGCCAGAAGGUUUCCCCCUCAUCUUCCGCUCCGGUCCUGACUGCAAGGAGCUCGGCCGAUCCCAAACCAAUGACACCCAAACCAAAACCCGCUAGACCGCCGACCUCCAAACUGACCCCGGCCAAACCGGCUUCUACCACACAGAGGGCCAAGACACAAGCAGCAGCAACAUCUUCAUCCACUCCGGUCAGCGGAGGAGGUCUGAAGCUCCAUGAGUCUGCUGACUUUUUUGAUCAGCUGAACAAUGCUGACUCCUUCAAACGCAAACCCAGGGUCGCUCACCAUACCAAACCCAGCACAUCGCCAGAAGACAGAGGUCCACUGAUGGAGAUAAAGAUUGGCAGCACCUUCCAGCCAGUAGAGAGCACCAGCAAGGUUUCCAAUCCUCCGCGUUCAUCUCCGGCCUCUCAGAGCAGACCUGCCGCAUCAACAGGAACGCCCAAACCUUCUCUUCCUCCCCUUCCUAAAGAUGUGGGUGUUGAGAAAUACUCAGGACUGCGGCUGAGAAAACCACGCGUUUCCUCCUGCGAGAUGGACCGCAAGAUGGCCGACCGCCGUCGGAUACGUCUGUCGGAGGUGCCGGAGCGUUUGGCUCAAGAGAAGCUGGAGGAUUGCGACUGGGUGACCUUCGCUGUGCUGGUCAACAAGGUCACACCACAAAGCAACAGCAGUGGCAAAACCUUCAGCAUCUGGAAACUGAACGACCUCCACAACCUGGAUGUGUUUGUGUCCCUGCUGCUGUUCGGCGAAGUCCACAAAGAGCACUGGAAGACGGAGCCGGGCACCGUCAUCGGACUCCUCAACCCGAACCCCAUGAAGCAGAAGGAGGGUUACGACGGGGUGAGCCUGACGGUGGAUAACCCACAGAAGGUGCUGCUGAUGGGGGAUGCUCAGGACUACAGCACCUGCAAGGCCAUGAAGAAGAACGGAGACCCUUGCUCUCAGAUCGUCAACAUGUUCGAGUGCGAGUACUGCCAGUAUCACGUCAAGGCCCAGUACAAGCAGAUGAGCUCCAAGAGGGCCGAGCUGCAGUCUGCGUAUUCCGGCAAAGCUCCCAACGAGGUGAAGGUGAAGGGGAAGGGCGGCAGCUUGAGAGAGCGGCUGUGUCAGGACGGCUUCUACUACGGCGGCGUGUCCUCGCCCGCCUGCGCCGCGUCACUGACAUCGUCCAAACCGAACAAACCCGUCCAGAAGACUCUGGACAAGCUGUUUGUGAAAGGCGCCGCUCAGCUCGUCGAUCAGGCCAAGAGGCUGGCCAUGCAGUCCGGUGAAGUUGCAGGUUGUUCAAAUGAAUUUAAGAGCCUGUUGUCAGCGCCAACCCCCGGAGCUCUGCAGCUGAAGAAGCACUUGGCACAGGGCAGCCGAUCAGCCUCCAAAGACGCAGCUGCAGCUCCAGGUCAGUCCGUCUCCGCCUCGGACCUGCUGAAGCAGCAGAAACAGAGUCAGCGGGAGUUUCUGCAGAACCGUCGGCGGAGGGCGGGCGAGAUCCAGAAGAUUAGGCUGCCGAGCUCAGCCGGGCCAAGUCCCGGGGCGUCGUCCUCCUCGCUGGACCGGGGUGGUCUGAUGUCCCCGAAAUCGGCAUCGGAGGUCCCCGAGGCCACGCAAAGCCCCGCGGCUCCCCACGGCCCCACCCUGGGCCGAGGCUUCACUGAGGGGGAAGACAUCCUCUUCUUUGAGAACAGCCCGCCCCCGGCGGCGCCCGCCCCCAGCGCCCUCAGCCUGUCAGCCGCCAAGCUGGCCGCCAUGAAGAAGCUGAAAGCCAAAGGGACGGGGCUCAAUAAGGAAGACCCCAACGCUGUGAAGAGGAAGAGGAGCAACGACAGCGAGAUUAGCGCCCGAGUGGAGAAGAAUCUGACCUCCCCCAAUGGCGAAUCGUCCGGCAAUGAGGAAGAGGAACCGUUCCAGAAAAAGAGGCGAGAAAAGCUCCUUUACAUCCAGUCCGAGGGGUUUCAAAAGAUCCUUAACGCCAAAUCUCGCCACGAUGCGGCACUACAGGCGGCGGAGUACCAACUGCAGGAGCGCUACUUCGAUCCGCUCGUGAAGAAGGAGCAGAUGGAGGAGAAGAUGAAGGGCAUCCGAGAGAUGAAGUGUCGUGCCGUUAGCUGUAAAAAGUGUAGUUAUACCUACUUCAAGCCGGCAGACCGCUGUGUGGAGGAGAAUCACAACCUGCGGUGGCACGAUGCCACCAAGCGUUUCUUCAAAUGUCCCUGUGGACAGAGAGCCAUCGCUCUGGACAGAUUGCCCAACAAACACUGCAGUAACUGCGGUCUGUUUAAAUGGGAGCGUGAUGGGAUGCUGAAGGAGAAAAGAGGCCCGAAGAUCGCCGGAGAGCUGCUCCAGCCUCGAGGAGAGGAGCACGGCAAGUUCCUCAACAGCAUGAAGUGACGGCACCGGGAUUUGUCUUACGCCUGCAAUUUAAAUGUCUCAGUAGCAACAUUGCAUUUUUUUUAUGAAUUAUGUUUCUAAAGUUUGAUGUGUUAUUGAUUAUGGAGAUUUGAAUGUGAUUUUAUUGGAUACGCUUUAAAUAAGAUUAUUAAAGCGAUAAGUUUCAUGUCAAA